AUGGUCGACGCCCAGGAAAACACGAGUAAACUCUUCUCCAAGACAAGCCGCUGGCGGACCAAGAUCUUCGAUAAGACGGGCGACGAAGCUACACCGUCCAAGCCAGCCAAAACCCAAGAUCCAGACGACCUCGAUGCCUUCCUCAAACCCUCGACCGACCGCGCCCAGCAACAGAGAGAGGCCAUCGCCGCCUUUACGAGCCGGCCGCGCAUAGAUGUUGCGAGGGCGCAGCGAUGGCCGGGCGCCCAGGAGAUACUGGCGGGGGCUGCGGCCGUGGCGAAGAGCCCAGGCCCAGGUGGCAUGAAGACGGGCACGCGCAAAAAAGGCCUGACAGUGGGCUUCGUGCGCACUGUGCCGGAGAUCAUAGGCCACGGUGGCGACGAGUGCGAGGACCCAUCCAUCAUCGUCUCGCGGCAGAAAGCGAAACUACUACAGCAGCAACAGCAGCAGCAGCAGCAGCAGCAGCAACAGCAGCAGCGACAACAACAGGGCAAUGCAGCGGCCGAAGAUAGCAGCCUACUACCACCGCCGCCAAAACCUCAAGACGACGCCAAUGUCGGCGUGCAGACCAACGGCAUGGGCCGCACGCCCUCGCAGACAGAGCAGCGCAACAGCCUCACCCGCACCCUCACCAACCCGACCGAGAUGUCAGCUCCCCUCGGCCAGAAGAUGCAAAUGGGCCAUAUCAACUCGCACGCGCAGCCUCCUCCCCCGCCCCCGCAACGCAUGGGCCCAAUGGGUUUAGGCGAGCGCCCUCGAGGCCUUGCACGAGCGCCCACUGGCUUCGACCUGCAAACCCUCGACACGGCCAAUGAUGAGGCCCGCCGACCCAGCAUUGAUUCGUCGUAUUCACACGACUCCGAUCCUCUGUCGCCCGUCGCCCAGCGCAUGGCGCCUGUUCUGCCCUCGACAACGGAGGAAGAGGAGCAUGACAACGACAAGAACGACGGCGACGACGACGAUGAUGAGAACUUACGGCCGAAGCCCCUAUCGCGCACACAAACGGGCUUCCCAGGGCUCGCCGACAGUGCGGCCCCUGUGCCUACUAUGCCAGACCUGCCAGACGUGCCGGUGCGGUUGCCUGAGAUGAGCGUUGUGGAACAGGAGGGCGUGUCCCCACUUGACGGCCAUGACGCCUUGGCCGACCGCUUUCUGCAGAGCGAGCCCGCCGAGGACAACUCUUUCGCGGCGAGGGUCAAGCAGAGGAUGAGAUCAGAGGAAGGGCGAGCUUUGCAAGAGGCAGCACAGCGAGCCGCUUCGGGCACCAAACGCGAUUCCGACUCGAGCUCGUCCCUUUCCACAGACCCACCCCAUACCGCAAGUCCUGCCUCGACCUAUGCAACACCCAACGCCAGUCGCUCGCCACCACAAGCUGCCUACGUUGACCCUCCACGAGCCUCGCCAAUGCGCUCGCUAGAAGCCGACAGCGACCCUUUUCGAUCCAGGGCCCGUGGACCCUCUCCUGGACGACGGCCCAUGCAACCUGCGCACGUUGUCACGGAUGCAGAUGCACGACCAGCGUCGUCGGCUUCAUCCCAAUACUCUGCUCCCUCGGUCCCUUCACAAGGGCAAGCUUCACCUGCCGUGCACAAUGAUCUUCCGUCCACAGCCAACGCCGCCGCGCCCCCACAGCGCAUCCCAUCCAACAAUAGAGACAAGCCCCCCUUUGCGGCCUUUGCUCAAGGACACGCUCCCAACAUGUCCAGCCGAUCUGAGCAACGGCCAUCGUACUUUCCACCCAUCCAAACUCAGCAACAGCCACAAUCGCAGUAUCAAGCACUACCACCACCCCAUUCACAGCCACAACCGCCACAACCGCAGCCACAACCGCAGCCACAGCCACAGCAGCUACCACAUCUGGCCCAUGCACAAAGCCAACAUGUACCCGCAGUCACUCAUGGUAGUCCCCUCGCUUCGAGGUCUAGGUCCGAAGUCAAUUCGCACUCGUCAGCCCCUCUGUCGCGCUCAGACACAAAAUUGCAAAACGAUGCUGCCUACAGGGAUUUUGCAGAGCGCGUGACGCAUAUGCGAGGCAUCUUUAAACUGACGGCCCAGCUGGGAGGUCAUGUAUAUAGCCACUCUCCCUCUGAAUGGAUUCGCGUGGCCACCUGGUGGUUUCUUAAAGGUCGCGCAGGCAUGGAAAGCUUGAUCAGAAGUCAAGCACAGGGAGGCGAUGCGAACCAAGAGCGCUUGACCCAGCCUCAUGUUGAUCUCGCCAAGGUGUGGUGGAUCCUAAACGAGGUCUUGCCAGAUCAUCCUGCCUUGCAGAGCUAUGGAGGUCGCGGAUCGGAAGCCGGUGGUCAGGCGGCGAGGCAGGCUGGAGACGCGGCAAGCGCAGACGCAUUCGAAAUACAAACUGCAAUCACUCAUUACCUCAAGCUGCUUGUAGGCUCGAUGAAAAAGCAUAACAGCAUGCCCCCAACACAAGCUCUGAUACAGGGCCAAGACCAGUCUGUCUGGGUAGAGUAUCCCACUUUUGCGCCCGACGCGGCGAGCGUCCUGACUACCAGGCUCCACCCUACUGUUCCGGGCCAAAAGGGUGCUGGACCACCCCAUAUCAGCCUCUCGCAAUACAUACCCCUUGCAGACACAAAGGCCGAUUUCUGCUAUUUCAGAAUGUUUGUAAACGCCUACCUCGCCACCGAUGACCCCAAUACAGACCGGGUUCCCAUGUCGGCCGUCAUCACCAUACUUCGUCCAAGGGACCAAUAUCAGGUCAAGCUGGCCAUUUGCAGUCAGAACAAUCUCAUCAACCUCGUUGUGGGUCAUGGGUCGGAUAUCACGUGGAAGGAUGUCAAUUGGAAUAAACAAUCACGCAAGAUUAGCGUCCAGCUGCGCCACGGCUUCGCGCUCACUCUCGAGCUUAGCGAAGGCGACAUGCGCAGCCUCUGGUCUAUCGUGGAUCAUACCAAUCGAGUGGAGAUGGACCUGCGAGAACGACGAGACGAGCGAUUUGCGUGUAAGCUCUACUUGCGGGAAGCCAGCUACAGAGAUCCGGCCAAUCCAUCAGCCUUCCCUGCCGAGCGCGUUCCAGGCUGCAAGCUCCUCGUUUUCCAGAAGAUUGAACGAAGCAGCGAGGGCACUGGCAAGAGGAAACUACAUCGAGGAUACCGCAUGGUGUUGGUGACGGCGCAACAAUACAAGCAAGUCAGCCUGGUGAAUCACGAAUUAGGCACGAAACAGGAGCCCAUGAACUUUGAAUAUGUCACCGAAUCCGACCAGGCUCCAGCGAUUCGGUUCCAUUUCCGCGAAGAGUCACCAGACAAACGCGCCAGGUUAUGCACCUACCAUCUAGUUUUCCAUGAAGGCAAGGACCGCAAUCAUCUGUUUGGUACAUUCACAUCCAUGAACGUAAACGAGGGCGAAAUGGCCUUUGCUCAGGUACCGCUCAAAGGGUUUUCCAUCGAGAGCGCGGAUCAGGCCGAGGGUUUCAGCCAAAAGGGCAGCCGUGUACUCGAAAAGAUGCAAUGGCAAGAGGCAAAGGUUCUGAAUGUAGAUCCGGAAGCUGCUGGACUGGAGUCUGCUCCCACCGUCAAGAGCGAGAGCUUGAGGAUUGUCUGUAGACACACUGCAGGUAUCAUUUCGGACCGUAUGAAUUUGGGUUCGGGCGAGCUACUCGUGCGCCUUCCAAACGAUGGAGCUGCCGAAUUGACGCUUUUGCGUGAACCACAACAAGAUGUCACGGUGGCUAUUGAUGGCAGCAGAACGGAUCGUGACGUGCCCGACGCGCUGGCCGAGCUGAUCAAGACGCUCAACACAGCAUCGACGAUACGGCGGCUGAAAUUCAACUCUUUUCAAGACUUGCACACAUUCCAGCUUGCUGUGGCUGGCUUUGCUGUCAAAUUUGACGGCCUUGCGCUCACUUUCUCCAUCUCGCGCCGCCGCAUGGUUGUACCCAUCUACAAGCAAUGGACAGCCAACAACAUUCGCAUCCAAGUUGUACAACAGGACAACAUCGUUCAACUCCUAGCCUUUUUUGAAGACUUUUCCCACGCUGAUGCCAUGAACUUUCAAUUGCGUACCAUGGACACGUUUGAAAAGUGCGACAAAGGAGGCAAAUUUGGUCUAAAGCUUGUUGACGCCAAAUUCGCCCUUCCUGUCGAGGAGAGACGAGGUGAAGGCAAAAUGCAAAAGGAAGAAGGGCGUUUGACUGGCUGGUCAGGUGUUAAACGACGCUUUGUCUGCCUGGACGAGAUUGAGUAUCCAGGUGAACACGACGACAUCCUGAUCCAAUUCGACUCGGCAGAGACUCGCGAUCGAUUUGCGGAAGCGCUUCCAGCGGCCACCAUGGAGCGCAAAUUUACUGUUCGACGAAAAAUCUAG